CUGCAGCUUGAAGUUCGAAGCUCUCGCUUCGCUAAUUUGUUCACGAAGCGCAUCCGCUGCUCAAUCGGUCUCGUACUCCAGAUGCACUGUGCCUUUCUUCUCGUGUCCGCAUCGAUACGUUGCGACUCAAUUUCUGAACCAUUCGGACGAUCCGAGUUUAUAGGCAGCUCUGAGUAGGAACGUAGGAAGGUGCGUGGAGAAUAGUUUUAAGUUGUUCUUGCAUUUCUUGCAGGUCAGGGAGGUGGAUUUUGAUCUGCAGUCUUGGGAGCUUCAGGUUUCGUUUGUGAUGGAUGUGAUUUUUUUCCUUAUUGAGGGAGUUGAAUCGCCGAAGUUCAUGAGCACGUAGCUCAAAUUUUUUCUCCUGAACUUCGAGAGAGAGUAUUCGGAAGUGGAAAGGAGAGUCGGUGGAUUUGCUUGAACGGAGUCUGUGGAACGCAGUCAGGGAGAAAUUCGCCAUUUUUAUGCUUCGAGAGGAGCAGGAAAUUGGAAAUCGGUCAUUCUGAUUUGGACUUGCAUGUAAUCAAUCAGCUGUGCGGUGCAGAUCAGUGGUGCGUUUGUUUUUUUCAUGAUGGGAACAAGUUUCCUCAAAGUCUCCAUGAGUUACGCCGGAUUGGCGGAAUCGUAGCUUGUCUCACUGGCUAUAACCUGCUCGGAGAUGGCAUGGAGAGGACUACAAGAUGAUUUCCAAUUAGCCUGGAACCUUACUUCUUUCCUGCGAAACUUCACUGGUGUAGUUGAAUCCUGUGUGGUUCUUGCUCUUUGUCUUGUUCAUUACAUAGCGUUUCGAGCAUUAAGAAGUUCUCGCUUGAACGCUCCCUGUUCCAGCCCUACGCGUUCGAGGAAAGACAUGAACGACACUGAACAUACUGAUACCCUUCCAAAGGUCGCAAUGGGAGGUUUUGCUGAGUCGGUUACUUCAGAUGGUGUAGUGGACUGUAGAUUAGGUCAGUUAUCCAAUGCUUCAAUGGCGGACUCUAGAUAUGAAGGUGGUGGUGAUGAGAAUAAACCAAGCUAUUGUUCAUCGAUUAGGAAUUCCAAAGAUGAAGAGCAGGUAGGCAGGGAUAGAGAUCAGGAUUUGAAGGACAAAGAUCUUUACGAAACACUUCAAUGUGAGCGUGAAACACUAGCUACUCUUUACAGCGAGUUGGAGCAGGAGAGGAAUUGCUCUGCAUCAGCUGCUAGUGAGGCUCUGGCAAUGAUUUCUCGCUUGCAAGAAGAGAAAGCUUCUGUACAACUGGAGGCUCGGCAGUUUCAGAGGAUGGUGCUAGAGAAGGCAAUGUUUGACCAGGAGGCGAUUGAAGCCUUGAACGAACUUCUUAUGAAUCGAGAGGAGGAGAAGCUCGCACUGGUGCAAGAAAUUCAUCUGUGCAGAGAAAGGUUGGACUCUUUGAUGAAGGAUGAGAGGAGGCAAUCACUAAAACCAAAAGCAAUCGCUCAAGCACCAAAUUUGAACCAAAACGAAAAGGUCAUGGUGACUUCAAACGCUGCGAAAGAGGAGCAAGUAAAGUGUGUUGUCAAGUUUAGCCCCAUGAAGAGCCAACUCUACGAGGCACUUUUUCCAGAUGCAGGUCGUAGCACAGAGGCUGAGUUUGAAAAGACUCUGAUAGGGGUGAAGUCCACGGUGGCAGGCUGUGAAAACAAUCCCCUGGUUCCGAUUUGUAACGUUACCACCAAUGUUGAGGAGUCCGACCUAAGUAAUGAGGAGAAAUCUGAGACGACGGGAUACCCCAGCUUGAGAAGAAUAUGGGGUAUUCAGGAUGUGUCGCUGAAUGCUAAAGAGGAAACCAAAGAGGGGAGGCGGAUACAAGAGAAUAGGCUUUCAGUUCAGGAAUUUAUUCGGAUGUUUGAACAGCAGCAGCAAGGAGCAAGACUUCCUGGCUUACAAUCAGUAACCAAGCCCAAAAGCGGAGGCCCUAGAUCUGAAAUGCGUAAUUGUGAUGUUGCUGAAAGCACAGUCUCAAUGUCAUGGAGGAAAUAUGAGGAUUCUUCGAGAGGUUUCACAAGUGACCAUUCUAUGCGUAGAAGACUGUUUCAAGAAAUUUGUGACGAUGAGCGGGACUUGAAUGGAUUUUUGUCCUUAGAGAAGGCUGAAGUCAGAGCCAGCAGUCAUCAACGUCGUAGUUGUGUAGGUAUCAACAAAUCUGUCCAUUGUGAAGUGCCCAAGGGUACCGGUGGCAAAGAAGAGUGCUUGGAGGAUGCGCUAUUUGUGCAGGAUGUCCAUGAGGUACAGAGGUCGCGUGUGAGGGGGCCCUUCAUGAGAGGAGAUGGCUGUUUUCUCAAUUUGAUAGAUGCAGAAAUGCAUCCAACAACUCCAUCUGACCGGCUUGGCAAACCAGACUUAUAUUCUUUUGAAAGAGACGAAGAGAUGGAUUGUGAGAGUGAACUAGACCCCCUAUGUUUGAUCCCCCCUUCACGCUUUUACCAAUGCGUUGAUGAUGCGGACCAAGUUUCUCAGUGGGAGGACCUGCAAGGGAAUGUGAGAACCAAAAACCUGGGCGUUUCUUCCUCACUUUGGGGAGACAACACAAGAUCGGGAGUGGAGGAACAAGUCGAACAACUGACUCAUCGCUUGAAAGCCUUGGAAUCUGACAAAUAUUUGAUGAAGCAGAUGAUCGAGUCUUUGAGUGUAGAGAAUGGAGAGAUGAAACUUGCGCACCAGUUGCGCGAGCCUGGACUAACGCAACAGCACGAGCUAUGGUCAAAAAGGUUGCCAGUUCCAUUGCAGUUUCAGAGCAUGGUGCCAUUUGCACUAAUGCGCGAAACAUUCCAGGUUCAUUUGAACAAAUUAGCUCAGGCAUGCCUGAAAAGAUCCAGCGUAACGGGAUCCCAAGGAGAGCCCUCUGUAGGAUUGAGUCGUCUUCUUCAACAAUCACCCCAAGGCCUACCAGGAACAUGCUUAAUUCGCACAAGGAAAGCAGAGGAGGUUAUUCCCUUUACAGAUUUGUCUCGCAAGAUAGAUAAAUGGCCCUUCUCUAGGAUAAUCUGAUCCAGGAUUGAGAAUCACUGGAGAGAUUUUUCCUUUUUUUUUGGAGUUUUUUAGACAGGGGUGGGUUUCCUAAGCUGCGAAUACAGCCCUCGUGUCAACACCAAAUUGACACAAACACGUUCAAGCUGUUUUGAAAUGGACUUUCUCGAGGCUCUUUUUCCUGCCUUAGCAUUUGCAGAAACUGCAUUGUUACACAUCAUUUGAGUCCUGUCUGUGCAUUGUUGUGAUGUUGACAAACUAGGAUUUACAAGUGGUGAAGAAGAGGAAAAAAAAAUAUUGUUAGUGACAGCAUGUGGGAAUGGGGACAUCACAAAUGGCCACACUUUUCCAUGUUAUUUUAACAGUAGUGGUGAGCACUGUGUCACCCAGAAAACUGCUAUAAUUAGGUGAAUAUUAAAAAAAAAAUCUUGAAUUUGUAUAAAUAAAUUCAUUUUAUAUUUAGAAUUGGAAUUUAUUUUAUUUCUGGUUUAAUAGACAAAAGAAAUUGAGAAUUGCCUAAUAAGGCUCUUUAUAUUCAACAAGUAAGAUUCAAAUUAAAGAAACUUAAUUAGAUUCAUGUUAA